AAAGGGUGCUCUAGACAGGUGAUCUCUAUGCAUAUUGAGUCCUGUUGACAGUUAUAUAAUAGUCUCAGUAAUGGAAGACUGCGGCCCGCCUAUAUGCCGCUUUUACUUAACGAAGCAGCUCGCCUCAAAUUAGCUAUGCAUCACUGCUAUAUGACGUUUAACUGGGCUUUGGGGUAGCAAGCUUCUACUUGCGCGGAUGGUGGCGAAGAGCGAAGCAAGUAUGCCGAUGCCAAGGGGGCUUGCAAAGUUGGCGGUCGCGACGGACCUGGGCACAGCGGCAAGGCCCUCUUCGGCCGUACCGCUGUCCGGUCCCGUGGUUAGCCUGGGGCGCUGUGGGCGGCCUGGUAUGACAGCUGGACCAUCCAGACCUCCGGGCUCGCACCCCGCGGCCGCUAGGGCCUCGCGCACCGCUGCACCCAGCGCUGCUGCGGCCGACGCCGCCCAGGCUUCCGCCGCCGCAGCAGCCGCUGCAGUCGCAGCUCAGCGCCUACCCCCGCUGGGUGUCCCCGGCCCCUCCUUGCCCUCGCCGGUGAUGGCCGCUGCUGUUGCUGCUGCUGCGGCCGGCGGUGCUUUCCCACUGCAGGCGCCGCAUGCCUGGUCCCAUGCACAUACCCUGCCGCAACCGCUUGUUCACACGCAAGUGCAUGUCGUACCCGCCAACGGUGGUGGCAACGGUAGCGGCGGCGCUGCCAUUUCAGAGCAGCUCCUGAACACUGCCAAGAACCACCCCGGCCUCCCCCCCAGCCUACUAGCGCAACUACACCGCCCGCGCCGGCCCGCCGCAGCAGCCCCGUUGGCAGCCGCGACAGCCGCUGCGGCGCCGUCAGCGGCGGCCUUGGCUGCUGCUGCUGCCGCUGCCGCUGCGGCGGCAGCACAGACGACACACCCGACAGCGGCAGCUCAGGACCGCCCGCUGAGCCCCCGGUCGCGUGCGCGAGCGACGGCGCUCAUUACAGCUGGGGUGCCGGCAGCACUGCCACCGCCGCAGCCGCCGCCGCCACCAGCAGCGAUGGCGGCCAUGAGUCCGGCUGCCCUGGCGGUGCUGCUGGGGCCGUCAUCGCCGCCUCCAGGCACUGCGGGAGGCGGCGCACACGGCGGCGGAGUGCUGCUGAUGCGACGUGCGGGGACGAUGGCAGGGAGCGCGGGAGCUGCGUUGCGUCCGUCGACUGCGGCGGCGGCGCAGCAACAGCAGCAAGCCUCCGAAGCUGCUGCCGGUGCAACGGCCCCUACCUUACCUUCAAGGCCUGUUGUUACUCCGCAUAAGGCUGUGCCAUACAAGCCUGGGUCUAUUCGCUUGCCGACUGGCGGAGUGCCGGGACUCACGGCGGCUGUGCCUUUGGGGCCGGGCGGAGGCGAGCAGCGACCGGGGACAUCAUCGGCUGCUGCCCUAGCAGCGGCGGCAGCAGCCGCGUUAACAACGCUGACGGCGGCGGGAGAUGCUGCACGCCCGGUAACUGCCGCAGCGGCGGUGGCGGCGGCACUCGCAGGACCAGGGUUGCGGCCCGGAACUUCUAAUCCCCUGACACAUGCCAUGGCACCAGAUCCCGCAGCAGCUGUGGUCGUACGGAUACCCAGGAGUGCCACGGCGGCGGCGGUCGUAGGUCACGGAACACCGAUAGCGGCUGCGACGGCGGCUGGUCGUUCGCCGGUAAGGGGUCAGGCCCCGCCAGCAGCUUCCGUCAUUAGAUCCCCUCCAAGGGCGGCAGUACCUCGCAGUAGCAAAGUCAAAUCCGAUGGCGGCGGCGGCAGCGGCGGGGUGGUCACUGGUACGGAACGUCAGCUCACGUCUGAGGAGAUACGUGCUGUGGUGGCGGCGCUAGCGGCCGCUAGGCCUCAAACAGCAGCGGCGCUGCUGCAGCGGCCAGCCACCGCAGCGGCUGCGGCAGCGGCGGAGGCGCUUAAGAGGCCUGGCUCGGCUGUGGCGUCGAGGGCUGGCCGCCCUGCCACCUCACGCUCCGCAGCGGCGACGGCGUCAAUGGCCGCGGGGUCCGAAGCUGCGCUGGAAAGGGCCGCAACGGGGAGUCCCGGGGAAGUGGCCGCCGCCGAAAUAACAGACGUGCAGGCUAAAGGAGCUCAGCACUCAGCUGGUGCUGCCGGGAGCGGUAAUGCUGCCGACGUCAAGCAGAGUGAUGACGGGACUGGAGGCGCGUCGUCAGGCUGUGAAGGCUGCCGGCCCCCUGCCAGCUCGCGACCUGCCACCACGUCCCGCCCAUGCAGUUGCAGCAGCACCACGACCACCGUCAGCAGCAGCAGCUGUUGCUGCUGCUCCCAAAUCGGCACCUCGGGCUCCAUGUCUUGGAGUCGAGCAUCCACGGGCAAGCCGACCCGCUCCGCCGCGACCGGGCUAACCGCCGACGUCGCCGCGGGCAGCGGCCGCAGCAGCGGAGGCGGCGGCGGCACCAGCGUCAGCGUGGGCCGUAGAACGACUACGGCUACUGCUGUGACCGCUGCUGGCCGCGGCGGCCACACACGACGGCCGCUGACGUCUAUUCCCGAAGAUGCGGAGUUGCAGGCCGGCGAGGAGGAGUUGGCGGCGGCUGCCGUACUGCAGCCGUUGGAGCCUCUGGAUCCAGAUCCGGACUUGGACGCAGCGUGGGAGGCGAUCGUUGCGGCCAAUCAGCGGCCCGAUACCGCGGCGCAGAAGGCUCCCAGCGGCAGCCUGGAUGUGUUCAGCCGGCCAGGUGCGGGGUUGUGGGUGGGUUUGUGGCGGGCAGCAGCGGAGGGCACGCAGCCUAGGCCGAGUGGUGGAGGACGGACGCCUCGGCGGCGAAACCGGUAUACUUGUGAUGGUGGGAAGUUUGAACAUCGAGUCCUCUUGCAUCGCUAGUUUGCUACGUGCGCGCACUCAUUGGGCAGCUUUCGUAUUUCCGCUUUCCCCUUCUCCCAAUCCCGCUUUGCCUUCCUCCCCCCCCCUCCUCUGGCUUGACUAAUACGGGUGGGGUGGGAUGGGCCAAUUAGCAACCCAUGGAGAAGCCUCGUCAUCCAGCAUGUCAGUGUUUCUUUAUUUUUACCCCUCCUCUUCCCCCCUCGCAGCCACGGGUGCACUGCCGCGCUUCGUGCGGCAGGCGGCUCCCAUGGUGCUGGUGCUGGAUGACAUAACCGCCUCCACACCCGAGGUGGUGGAGCGGGAGCUUGAGGACAUGAGUUUGGAGCAGCUGCAGGCGCUUCGAAGCAAGCUAGGCAUAGGGGCCAAGUAGUGAGCCAGGAGCAUGAUGUUGCAUU